CAGCCCAGUCCCCGGGGAAGGUGACUUUGAGGAAGUGGGCAUUGCGAGCUGGUGGGAGGCUGCAGCGGGAUGCAGGGAGCAGCGGGGGAGCUGAGGACCCUCUCGGACGGCGAUGUGGCCGCAGCCUGGGCUCUGGAGACGGCGGGUUACCCCCCGGAGGAGGCAGCCAGCCUGGCGAAGCUGCAGUACCGGCAGAGGGAGGCUGGCGAGCUGUUCUUGGGGCAUUUUGUUGACGACCAGUUGAUCGGGUUUGUCUGUGGGACCCGCUCGCUUGAGGAUCACCUGACAGAGGAGUCCAUGGACGUCCACGAACCCACGGGGACCACCAUCUGCAUUCACUCUGUGUGUGUCGACGGUGCGUGGCGGCGCCGAGGGGUGGCCCUGGGCUUGCUUCGCGGUUACGUGGCACGUGCUGCACUCACCCUGCCCCCUCCCAGGAGGAUCUGCCUCCUCAGCCACCAGCAGUUGCUGCCCCUCUACACUAAGGCCGGCUUCACGAUGCUUGGCCUUUCCUCUGUCAGCCAUGGGCCCGAAGCCUGGUAUGAGUGCGCCAUCGAGCUGGGCACAUGAUACCAUCCUCACGGACCGGUGACUGACAGCUGCGAAUCUGCACCCCCCCCCUCUCCCCGCUGUGCUAAACCACAACGUUUGGGGGGGGGGGGGGGGGGGGGACUAGCUGCUCUAGUCUUGACACAACUCAUCCCCCUUCCCCAUCCUGCAGCUACAUGCCUCAGGCAGUGGCCAUUCAACCACAAAAGGCACCAUUCUGGCCCCCCGCUGCGUGGGGCUGAGGAUUGGUUGGGGGGGGGGGGGGGGUUACCUUUUCUGUGUUUGUUCCUAAUACCCCCCUCCACCGAUCACCGAGCUCAGAGGCAAACGCGCACCGUUUCUGGAGACCGAAUGGAGGCAUGUGCGAAAUGCGAUGCAAACUAUAGUCGAAUAGUUCAUCAGUGCUCCGCUGCCAGGACAAUCAAUCAAGAAUGGCUAUUGGAGUGAGGCACCAGGAGGCGAUCAGAACCUACACAAUGUUCCCUUCAAGAGAAGGUGAGGUUUCACCUUUAAGCAGACCAGGAUCACAGAAUAGUUCUGGUGCAGGAGGCCAUUCAGCCCAGUGUGCCUUUAUCCCCAUAUUCCUAUGCACCAUCACUGUCCAGCUAACAAAGGAUACACAGGGUGUUACAAUCAGAUCAGGAGUUCAGUGAACCAUUGAGACUUGCUAACUGUUUGGAAUGUUAAAG